AUGGCCCCUUCCGCGCAGGCGGAGAAGCGUUUACUCUGGCAUCCACGAUGGGAGAACAAGUUUAUGGUCGGAGGAGGCUCUCAAAUGACAAUGUACGAAUGGGCACCAGAAGAAUCUGAAAUUCGACACGUAACUUCACAAAAUGACUUGCAGUUCAUGAAGUGUUUCGCUUGGUCACCAGACCCUGCAUUCGACGAUCUUUUUGCUGUCGGAACAGCUUCUGGACGCGUCGACCUCAUCAGGCUCGAAGCUACCAAAGUCGCUCGGAAUAACGUCCUCUCAAGCGGUCCAGUCGUCACGCUUCCAGUGCGCAAUACCAGGUCAUGUAACGCCCUCGCAUUCUGUAACGCAGACCCCAACUACCUAGCAGUCGGCCUCGACAAAGUCCGGGGAGACUCCAGUCUCAUCAUCUGGGAUAUCCAAUCCGCCACGCCCCUCCUCUCACCUUCCAAACCCACCAAUUUAAAUUUAACAGAAGAUACACUAGAAGCGCGUCCACAACCUCGAAUAGCGCGUGCUGAAGUCGGUCAUCACAGGGCUGACGGACGCGUGUUACAGCAACAUGCACCCACAGAAAUAGUUUCAGCCCUUGCCUUCCUCCCACAAUCUACGCAUAUGCUCUUAGCUGGUGUAUCAGCGCGGUGGUUGAGACUAUUUGACCUCCGGAGCGCAGUUCCAGCAACUACUAAUAUCGCAACUAAAGUCUACGGCAUAGCGACAUCUCCAAUCGACCCACACCAGAUUGCAUGUUGUGGAGACGGGAUUAUAACUGUCUGGGACGCAAGACGCCUCCAGCAUCCGCUGCUUACGUUUACAGAGAAAGACGCAGCUGCUGAUGGUGCAAGACCACGCUCUGCGUCUGCGUCUUUUGUCAACCAUAUCGAGUUUUCGAGCUCGAGGAGGGGGUUGCUUGCAGCGCAUGAGAAGGAUUCUUCAUAUGUGCGGUUUUGGGAUCUGCAGCAGGCGCAAGGGAGCGAGAAUAAUUCCGACGGGGAGAGAUCAGGGGAGUCGUCGCAGAGUCGGGCUGCGAAGAGGUCGUGGGCGCCUUGGACUGCUGGUGGUGUCGGUGCUGGGAAUGGGAUGAGGCAUAGUAAUGUGGAAUCGCAGGAGGCGUUGGCGCUUGUGCUUUCUGAUACGCGCAAAAGUAUGUUUUUGGUUUUUUGGUCUUGUGUGUGUGCUGAUGCGUUUUUAAUCGAAGCGACGAGCUUUCGGAAACCACUUGCGUCUUUUGCGCUUGUUCCGAGUAAGCAGCCGUUUUCGCUUACUUCGGAGGUUAUGGUCGUCAAUAAGGAUGGGGAUCUUGAACUUUAUGCUGUGUAUGAUACGCCGAAACAGGCGUCGUGGAGUGCACGCGGGGACCUUGUCAUUGGUGCUGGGUUGGGAUGCAAGGUGCUUCCGGGCUUCGAGGACCGUGGAGUUCCACCACAACCAUGGGAUAUACCCGUUGAGGAAACCACAACUUCUCGGGGGCGUGACAAAACUAUGAGUCUACCGGCUUUUGGGAGGGGCGAUGAAGAUGGAUUCCCGGCUCUGGAAAGCAAAACCACACCAUCGAAGCCGGUGAAAGUGAGGACAUAUAGUCCAGCUUCGUUUCGACAUUACCCGCUCGACCAGUCUGAGCUGUCUACGUCGCCGAGUAAUGUCGGUACUCAGACGGCCGCGAGGGCUGAGGCUGUAGAGAAGCCGAAAUUAAAUGGUCAUCAACAAGGUGGAGAGAAGAGUUCACCGAGAGGAAAGACUUUACGGAGCGUGUACCAAGCGGUGGAGGAUGAUAUCUCAAUGAUUAUGCGUCGGCGCGCUAUUCGUGGAUAUGGGCUGGCAAACGCUAAGCAUAACGCCCAAGUCGUACAGGAAGAUCCUUGCUCAAAUACGGCGCUGUCAGAGCUAUGGGAUUGGAUACAUCAUUCCCGUGAACUCAUAUGCUCGCCGACGUCAAGAUUACACGGGUACGAAUUCUCAAACCAAGGACUUUUUGGUCUAUGGGAAGGAUUCUCGCCGCUACCUCAGAUCCCUGAGUCGAGCGCAUCGUCUUUUAGCCCUCCUGAUGAUUUGGCAUAUGGGGAUUUUACCGCUGCCGUUGCUGCACUCUGCGCUCGACGGACAUCGGGUUCGGGACGCCCAUGGAGACCCCCUGUCCGCAGCACAGAAAAGGUUGAACAGAGACGGUUUGCGUUGCAUCUCUGCGGAUGGAGUAUUGGGGAGGAGGAAAUGAAUCAUGAGAUUAGAAGGUGGGAGAGGGAGGGGCAACAAUCAAGAGCUGCAUGUUGGCUCGUUUUCACACGACAAUAUCAAAAGGCGCUGGAGCUGCUAAUGCGGAGUAAAGAUGAGAUACACAAUCUUGUGUCUGGUACUCUUGCAGCACUUAUCCCCAGCGCUGGUAGCACCCUAUCUAACGAACUGCGCACCCACGCCGAGCGUCUCAUCGUCCGCCUUGAAGAUCCAUACUUCCGUGUUAUGCUUACCCAACUUACCUCCAAGGAUUGGUCCAAGGUUCUCGAGGAAGAAUCACUUCCGCUGCGGGAGCGUCUUGCGAUUGCUUUCCAGUUUCUGGAGGACGAAGCGCUAUCGUCCUACCUUACACGCACAACCGACCGAGCCUGUACGCGUGGUGACAUUGAGGGCCUCGUUAUCACAGGGCUCACCCCCUCAAGUAUGGACAUCUUACAGAGCUACGUAGACCGCACGGGCGAUGCGCAAACUGCUGCUAUCCUCGCUAGCCAUGUGGACUUGUUGGACGGCUUUAAGCUGUUCCAUCACCGAGUUGCGUUUGAUGUUGAGCGGGGGCAGAUACUACAAGAGGCGGUAUUGAAUGGAGAUUUGGCGCCCUUUGAUUGGGCUCCGAAGCAGAUCUUGAUUCGGUGUAAUUAUUGCUCGAAGCCGAUGAAUCCUGUGUUGGGCGAGACGCAGAAGGGACGGCCUACUGCAUGUCCGCAUUGCAGUCGCGCUCUCCCACGGUGUUCGGUCUGUCUGAUGACACUGAGCAUUGUUCCAGAUUGUACUCGUGAUGUUGGGCUCUCACAGUCGCAGGCCGCUUACCAAGACACGAUCGACGACGCAAUCGUCAUCUGCCAGACAUGUCGUCACGGUGGACACGCAUCGCAUAUUCUUGAUUGGUUCUUUGGUGAAGACGGUGCACGUUCGCGUGGCAUGUGCCCUGUGGCAGAUUGCGACUGCCACUGCGCAGAUGAGUUCUAG